GUUUAUGAAUUAUUAAAAAUUUCGUUAAAAUGUGGAUUUCUAUUUAAAGCCUCAUAAAGAAAAGUUGGAAAGUCCAAAAGAAAAAUCAUUCGUCUCUCCUAUAAGGAUAAAAACUUAAUAAAGUAAUUAAGAAUCAGGGAACAAAUAGAAAGUAAUUCCUAUCUAAAACAUGAUGGAGAGAAUAAAUAAGGUAAUUUUGGAUCAAAGAGUAAAAUCUCCUAUAACAACAGCAAGGAAUGUUGGGUAAUAAAAUAAAGAGAAUCAUAUUGAAUGUUUUUUAAAGAGAUAGGGUUGUUUAACCAAUUAUUAUAAACAUAAAUGAG